AUGUCGUUUGCUGUAGAACUUUCGGAACAAGGAGCAAUAAUGAUUGCUAAGAGCGCGCGCAAGGCAAUAUUAUUCUUCGUGUACGGACCACCGAGGAAACAGAGUUGUCGCAAAAUGGCGGCGCCCAAACUGUGCAGAGCGGCCUCUAAACUCAAACAAGAAGAACAAAACUACAACAUCCGCCAUUUGUCAUAUGUGACUCACCUGGACGAAUGCAUAACUAAAGAGAAAAACCAACUCGGUGGCGGUGUCAAGCGAAUCUCCGGUCUCAUCUACGAGGAGACCCGUGGUGUUCUUAAAGUUUUUCUUGAGAACGUGAUUCGUGAUGCUGUGACAUACACGGAGCACGCCAAGAGAAAGACUGUGACAGCCAUGGAUGUGGUGUAUGCUCUGAAGAGACAAGGCCGCACUCUGUACGGAUUUGGCGAAGUACAGCUUGGAUUGAUAAUCAAUAUGUCUGGUCGCGGUAAAGGAGGUAAAGGUCUCGGAAAAGGUGGCGCCAAGCGUCACCGAAAAAUCCUUCGUGAUAACAUCCAAGGUAUCACUAAGCCAGCCAUCCGUCGUCUUGCUCGCCGUGGCGGUGUCAAGCGAAUCUCCGGCUUGAUCUACGAGGAGACCCGUGGUGUUCUCAAAGUUUUUCUCGAGAACGUGAUUCGUGAUGCUGUGACAUACACGGAGCACGCUAAGAGAAAGACUGUGACAGCCAUGGAUGUGGUGUACGCUCUGAAGAGACAAGGCCGCACUCUGUACGGAUUUGGCGGUUAG